AUGGUGCGCGAAGAGCUGCAGGAGCCGGAGAAGCCGCCACCAUUCGAUGGCAGUGAUGCCACUAGAAGAGUUCAGGAAGAGCAUCAGAGCGGGAUCAAGAAACUAGAUGAGAGUUUGAGCAGGAAAGGCAAGAGGUCGUGGGCCGUAUGGAAGCGGUGGAAAGAGGGAGAGGAGAGUGAUUGGUGGUUUGCUAGCACGGGGAUCCCACUUUUGGCUGCUACUCUCGGUCCGCUGGCUAAUGUUAGCUCUAUUGCUGCGCUGGUGACGAGCUGGAGGCAGACGAACUAUGUCAAUGGGGUUCAUGUGCCGGAUUUCGAUGGCGUGCCGUAUACAGAUCCACGGUGGUGCUACUGGAUCAAUGUAGCGUCCCUAAUAUGCGGUUUCCUAGGCAAUAUCUUUCUCUUACUCAACUUUACCCAACGAAUCCGAUAUAUCGUUGCCCUCCCAGCCUCCAUCAUCUUCUGGUAUCUCUCGUCUGGCUUUCUGAUAGCUAUCACUGUAUGCAUGGAAAUGUAUGAUCCGCCGAACCGUCCUCAAGAAGGCUAUACCCAAGGUUUCUGGUACGCCAUCGCGGCGGCAACGUUUUACACCAUCUGCUCGAUGAUAUUGAUGUUCAACAUGCUCGGCUACUUUUUGGGACAUUACCCAGAAAACUUUGCGUUGAGUGACAGUCAGCGCACGCUUAUUCUUCAAACUAUGGCAUUCUUCAUCUGGCUAGGUGGCGGCGCUGCACUGUUUUCGAAGAUCGAACGAGAUGCAGGCGAGGAUGCCUGGGGUUUCAGCGACGGGCUCUACUUCUGCGACGUAACCAUCUUGACGGUCGGAUUUGGAGAUCUCGUCCCUACUACCGAUGUAGCCCGAGGCAUCGUCUUCCCCUACUCAGUCGGCGGCAUCAUAACUCUCGCCCUCAUUGUCUCCUCACUCUACAAAGCCGUCCGAGAGCUCGGAGAAGAGAAGAUUGUGCAAAAGCACGUCGACCGCAUGCGCGAACGAGCCCUUGAGCGAACUGUGACCAACAGCUUCGACUUCCGCCACCGCGAACACGAAGCUCACCGCCUUAUUAGGAGGCGAACGCUUGGAUUCCCGCGAAUCAGCGCUCCCACUGAACUUAGACCGUAUAGGACGGCAAUGGACGAGCCAAUGCGACAUAUACCCUCGUUCCCCCGUGGGUUCCCAGAAGCACUUAAGAGACGCAGGGAGCCCAAACUCAUUCUACUGAAAGAAGAGAAGGACCGGUUCGAAGCAAUGCGCCAGAUCCAAGCUGGUUCUAAGAAAUUCAGGCGAUGGAUGGCGCUCAUGUGGUCCGUUGCUACUUUUUCUACGCUAUGGUGCGUGGGAGCCAUAGUGUUCUGGCAAGCGGAAAAAGAAACCCAGGCGAUGACCUACUUCCAGGCACUGUACUUUUGCUACAUCAGCCUUCUCACUAUUGGUUACGGGGACCUCGCACCAAAGUCUAACGCAGGACGUUGCUUCUUUGUUAUAUGGAGUCUAAUCGCCGUACCCACGAUGACGAUCCUAGUCUCGGAUCUGGGUGAUACGGUGGUGUUCAAGUUCAAGAAAUGGAGUGAUCAAGUCGCAGAUUUCACGCGCCGGAUUGAGACCAGAGCGGCCAAGAAGCGACUAAAGAAAGGCUUCGACACAAUAGAUCCGCGAACUGAAACGACUGCAGUCACUCCCGAUCCUACCGAUCGAGAUGUCGAGGACUCUGAAGUAGCAGCCGAUGUGGAGUCGACUGUGAACCCAACAAUAGUGACGCUCGCUGCAGAAGCCGAGCAAGAUUUGACAAGAUUACCAUCACAUGCUUCGCUUUCCAGACGAUUGGCAAUUAGCAUCAAGAAAGUCUCGAUCGACUUUCGACUAUCAGAGCCAAAACGGUAUUCGUACGAAGAGUGGGUUGAAUUCACCCGCUUGAUUCGUCUUACCACUCCCGAACGCCUCAAUCAUUAUCUAGGCACUGUUACUGCUGAAAAUGAGGAUGAGAAUGAAGAGGGAUUGGUAAAUUGGGACUGGAUCGGCGACGACAGUCCGAUGAUGUCAACGAUGAGCGAGAGUGAGUGGCUACUUGAGAGGCUGUGUGAGAGUCUGGUGAGGCUUGAGAAGAGGAAAGAGAUGGCUUGUGAUCAGCAGGAUAUUAUCGCCAUGAGGCCGGCAGCCAUGGAACCGACUUGA